GAUGGAGCCUAGGUCUAAUACCAGAGGAUUUAGCAUCAUGGUUUCGGUGUGAGAUAACAUUCACUCCCCGCUGCCGCGGAGGCAGCAGAGGAUUCAGAUAAUGGAGGAGCCAGAGACCUGGUCAACCGGCCUCAUUAUAUGGACGGCGGUGGCGGUGCUGUUGCCGGUUCUGAUCACUCUGUGGUGCAGUGUGCAGAGAUCACGGCGGCAGCAGCUACGGAGCAAUAUCUUCCAGGCCGAAAAACAUUGCUGGAAGGAAACCGACCUCUUCAGCAAGCCCACUUAUUGCUCAGUAUGCGGCCUUCAUAUCCUCGGGGGAGCUCACUGCCUGUGCUGCGGCCUGUGCACGGAUGAGGUCUGCCUCAAUAAGGCCAACAGCCGCUUCCCCUGCAAAGAGAUCAUGAUGAGAACGGAGGUGGGGAAUGCACCGGACCAGAGACAUCACUGGGUACGGGGCAACGUUCCUCUGUGCAGCCUGUGUGUGGUGUGCGGCCUGCAGUGUGGUAGCCAGCCUAAACUGUGCGAUUACAGGUGCGUUUGGUGUCAGCGCACAGUUCAUGAUGACUGCAUGCAAAAUGACUUGAAGACCGAAGACUGUGAUUUUGGUGAAUUUAGAAAUCUUAUAGUUCCCCCAAGUUACCUAUCUGCUGUCAGCCAGAUGAAAAAAGGCAAAACUGCUGAUUAUGAAAAGUUAGCAUCUUCUAUGGGCGCUCAUUGGACCCCCUUAAUUGUCAUGGCUAAUACACGUAGUGGGAACAACAUGGGCGAGGUUCUACUGAGUGAAUUUAAAAGUCUACUGAAUCCUGUUCAGGUGUUUGACUUAAACAAAAUUUCUCCAUUCAAAGCACUUCAACUCUGCACUUUACUACCAGCUAACACUGUAAAGGUGCUUGUUUGUGGGGGGGAUGGCACUGUCGGCUGGGUCCUGGAUGCUGUAGAUGAGAUGAAGAUUAAGGGGCAGGAAAGUUUGUCUCUUCAAGUGGGAGUGCUGCCUUUGGGGACAGGCAAUGACCUGUCUAACACGUUGGGAUGGGGUGCAGGCUACGCUGGGGAUGUACUUGUGGAACAGAUUCUUAGGGACAUCAUGGAAGCAGAUACUAUCAAAUUAGACAGAUGGAAAGUGCAAGUUACAAACAAAGGAUACAGUCUGAGGAAGCCAAAGAUGAUGUCAAUGAAUAAUUACUUCUCAAUAGGGCCAGAUGCUCUCAUGGCUUUAAAUUUUCACCACCACCGCGAGAAGACGCCAUCCCUCUUUUCUAGCAGACUGGUCAAUAAGGCAGUUUACUUUUUCUAUGGCACCAGAGAUUGCUUGGUUCAAGAAUGCAAAGACCUUAACAAGAAGGUUGAGUUGGAGUUAGAUGGUGAGAGAAUAGACCUCCCAAAUUUAGAAGGAAUUGUUGUGUUGAACAUCAGUUGUUGGGGCGGUGGCUGCCGGCUUUGGGAAGGAAUGGGAGAUGAACUAUAUCCAUUAUCAAGGCAUGAUGAUGGGCUGCUGGAAGUAGUAGGAGUCUAUGGGUCUUUCCACUGUGCGCAAAUUCAAGUGAAGCUUGCAAAUCCAGUUCGUCUGGGACAGGCACACACAGUUCGGCUGAUUUUGAAGAGCUCAAAAAUGCCAAUGCAAGUGGAUGGCGAGCCGUGGGCACAGGGACCUUGCACUGUAACCAUCACCCACAAGACACGUGCACUUAUGCUGUACCACUCAGGUGAUCAGACUGAUGAUGAUGAUGAAGCUUCCAGCGCCUCGGACCAAGAGCAACACAAGGAUCCUGAGUAAAGUGAUACAGAUUUGUAGGAUAUUACGUUAUCACUGAUCUCUGCCUAAUAGGAAUUAGUUUUGAGUGAGAUUUCAGUCCAAUCACUGCUGCGACCGUGCAGUAAUUACUGACUGUAAGUGCCCUUUUCCCAGACUCUAAGCCAUUGCAUAGGCAAAUAUUUUCUUUCAAAAGACAGCAGUUAUGCACUUUGUAAUAAUUUCUCCCUUUCUGAAGUUCUUGUAGCUGUUUAAUUUCCGUCAUCAGAUGCAAAAGACCAAUUUCUGUAAUACACACAUUUUAUGUCAUUUUAAAUUCUUUUACAUCUUUUUACACACAGCAUUCAAAGCAGCCAAUGUAUCUACAAAGACAUCCAUGUCUCUUUCUGAAAGGAUGGCUUCAUUAUUAAAGGGACACUGAACCCAAAUGUUUUCUUUCAUGAUUCAGAUAGAGCAUGCAAUUUUAAGCAACUUUCUAAUUUACUCCUAUUAUCAAAUUUUCUUCGUUCUCUUGCUAUCUUUAUUUGAAAAGGAAGGCAUCUAACCGUUUUUUUUGUUUCAGUACUCUGGACAGCACUUUUUUAUUGGUGGAUGAAUUUAUCCACCAAUCCGCAAGGACAACACAGGUUGUUCACUAAAAAUGGGCCGGCGUCUAAACUUACAUUCUUGCAUUUCAAAUAAAGAUACCAAGAGAAUAAAGAAUAUUUGAUGAUAGGAGUAAAUUAGAUAAUUGUUGCUUAAAAUGUCAUGCUCUAUCUGAAUCGCAAAAGAAAAAAAUUGGGUUCAGUGUCCCUUUUAAUAUGCAUUUUAGAAAUAUAUACGAAUUGCAGUAGAUUUUUUUUUUUAUCCGUGCAUAUUCAACUUUUAAAUGCUUGGUGCACAGUAACUCAUAAAUCACAGGCUGUACUAAUUAGCUUGUGCUACUUUUAUUUUUUAAAUGUUCAUUCUGUUGUCACCACCAGAUAGUGUUUGUGGCAAAUUACUUAUGAUCUGUUAAAGGGGCGUAAUGUACAUAUUUAUGGUCCAGAUGGAGCAUCAUGCAGUUUUGCAGAGUUGUGUAUUGUUGGAAACAAUGCUGCCAUGUAGCGUUCACAAUGUUUGUCAAAUUUGUUUUUCAUUUUGUCAAACUGAAUUGGAUUUUUUUUUUUAAAUUGCAGGCUCUAUCUCACUGGAUUUCAAACCUGUCCUCAGGCCUCUCCAACAGGCCAGGCUUUCUGUUUUACCAUGGAUGAGAGCAGGUAAAAUAACCAUGUUUACUAAUCAGCUGAUUGGUUCACCUGUGCUCCAGUUCAGAUGUCCUCAAAAUGUGGCCUGUUAGGGAGGCCUGGGGACAGGUCUGAAAACCAGUGCUCUAUCUGAACCAUGACAGUUUAAUUUUUUGAACUCCAUAUGUCUUUUUUUUCCUUCAAGAGAAAAGAAAGUAAGUACCAUUUUAUUUGUAUAUAAAUAUUAAUGCACUAAACUGUUGUGGGGUUUUCCCUGACUGGCCUAGGCCAACAUUGUUUUAUUUCUGCAGAAUUCCGUCUCAAAAUGCUUAGAAAUACCUCUGUUGCUAAACCAAUACUGUAAAGAUGCAUUUUGUGAAAUAUGACCCAGUUUACUGAAUA